AACUAUUAAGAACUCAAGCAAGAGUGGAUUUUGGCCAAUCUCCAGUUUAUUGAGGAUUUGGAAAGGACAAAGACACAUCCACAAAAGUUGGCAGCUUCAUCACCAAACGCAAAGAAGCUUCCAUUUUUGAAUCUCAAACGGCCUUUUUUCUCCGUACAUCAAACAUUUCUGGGGUUCGUUGAUCCCCAAAUCGUCUAAUUUGACUUUUCGCCUCCUUUUUCAUCUAAUUCUCUGCUAUUUGAACGAUUACUGCUGUGACCCGUGAUGGGUCAUUCCCUUUGAUCAUUAACACAAACGGGUUUUUGAAAAGGGGAAAUUUUUAUCUUGAUUUGUUGUACUUCUUGUUGCCCUUGAUCACUGCAAACAAGCACGAACGCUCCUUGUUGAAGCCACAGUUGGGUCACAAAAGAUGAAUGCUUCUACAGAUGAUGAACACGACGUGGAAAAUGGCAAGUUUGUAAGAAGUAACAGGGGAGUUAAACUCAGCAAUCAAGCUUUGUUGUCUGGAAUUGCUUAUUGCCUUUCUUCAUGUGGCAUGAUAUUGGUUAACAAGUUUGUGCUUUCAAGCUACAAUUUUAAUGCAGGGAUAUCCUUGAUGUUGUAUCAGAAUUUCAUUUCGGUGGUUAUUGUUGCUACACUUAGCCUUCUUGGUUUAGUCUCAACUGAACCUUUGACAUGGAAAUUGAUCAAAGUAUGGUUGCCUGUGAAUGUUAUAUUUGUUGGAAUGCUUGUUACAAGCAUGUUUAGUUUGAAAUACAUUAAUGUAGCCAUGGUGACAGUCCUGAAGAAUGUUACUAAUGUUAUAACUGCACUUGGUGAGAUGUACUUGUUCAAUAAGCAACAUGACAACAGAGUCUGGACUGCUCUUUUUUUAAUGAUCAUUUCAGCAGUGACUGGGGGGAUUACUGAUCUCUCUUUCAAUGCAACUGGCUAUGCUUGGCAGACAUUAAACUGUUUCUUAACAGCAUCAUAUUCUCUGACCCUACGAAGGGUCAUGGAUACAGCAAAGCAAGUUACUAAAUCUGGAGACUUAAAUGAAUUCUCGAUGGUCUUGUUGAACAACACCCUUUCAAUGCCUUUGGGAAUUUUCCUGAUUUUGGUUUUCAAUGAGGUGGAUUAUCUCUUAACAACGCCACUUUUGAGAUUACCUAGCUUUUGGAUGGUGAUGACCUUAAGUGGCUUUUUGGGUCUAGGAAUUAGCUUCUCAUCCAUGUGGUUUCUUCAUCAGACAGGGGCUACGACUUACAGCCUUGUAGGUUCGUUGAAUAAGAUCCCACUUUCAGUUGCAGGCAUCCUUCUGUUUCAUGUUCCAACUAGUUUGCAGAAUUCUGCUAGCAUUUUCUUUGGUCUUUUGGCUGGAGUGUUUUUUGCGAGGGCCAAAAUCCGGGAGAGAUCGCAAUCCUGAGAAAAGGUAGAACCAUAGAAUCCUAUAGUUAAGUUUGUACUAGAAGGAAGCAUUCAUUCCCCAGUUAUAGAAUUUGAUUUUUUGGGUGAAGUUGGAAGUUCAAUCCAUGUAUAGCUGUGAGGUUUUGUCAAAGAGUUGAUGGUGUUGGAGAAAAAGCUACUCGGCGGCGUUGGAUGGUUCAUCAUCACUGCCAUUCCAUCAAGGAUUUGUGGAUGGAGAAGCUUUGGGAAAAGAGAAAAAAAAAAGGAAAUAAAAAAUGUGACUAACCUUUCUGAGUUUGAUUGAUUCUUGUACCAUAAAGAACUUCCAUUGUAUCCUUGUAUUAUCACGUUACGAUUUGUUUGAUAUGAUUGAAAAUUCUCAGGGAAAUCAAAAGGUGGUUAAUAUUUCAUUCGUUUGAA